UUUCCCUACUCGUAUUAAGUUUAGUGUUAAACAGGAACGAUCAGCGGGUAAAAUAAUCACGAUUAGUUCAGCCCUGAUGGUCAUCAAUAAACUUGAUACACCUGUUGAACUUAAACUAGAAAACACUGACGAAUCAGGUCAAUAUGAAUGUUUAAACAUUUUACCGAACGUUCCUACAGCUUUACCUCUCUCUCGUGUUUAUGAUCGGCUGUGGGCCCGACCAUUAGAACUUUCGUUGAAUUUCUGUGAUCAGCCAAUCCAAUGGGAGCAUGUAUUAUGUAAGGGUGAAGUAUCGAAUGGUAUCAAACAAUGUGAUCCAAUACAAGGCGCAGGUAUUUACAGAUUUUGUGUCUGUGUACAACGCGAGAAUUAUCCCACAAAAGAAGAAGUAGCAGCAGAACUUGAUCUGGACAUUGAUACAUUUGCUACGUUACCUGGACACGCCAUCUAUAUAUUACCUCCCUUGAUUAUUAAAAGUUUAAUUCCUAUCGAGUUAAUGUAUUACGUUAAAAACACAGAUAUCUCAGGUAGUUUAAAGGCAGGGAAAGAAGCAAAUAUACAUGCAGCAGAUGUAACGAAAGAUUUUGAAAUUGGGAUCAACUUAGAGAAUUUUGAGAAAUGUCAAGAAUUAACGAUCCCACCGAAGACAUAUAAUUAUUUUGUGCGUCUGCGUAUUUAUGAUAAGAAGAAUCGACGACUAGAUUUAGGUGUUCGAAUUAUUACUGGUAAAAGUGGAAAUGUAAAGUUAUCAAUAUCUGCUCCGUAUUGGUUAUUGAAUAAAUCGGGUCUACCUCUCAUCUUUAAACAAGAAGGAUCAAAAACUGAUGCUGCCGGACAAUUUGAAGAACAUGAGAUAGCCAGAAGUGUAACACCGCUACUCUUUAGUUACUAUGAAAAGGAUGAACCCAAUCUAGUUUGUAUUCGACUGGGGAAGAGACAUCAUGGAGCGGAAGCCCUUCCUCAAUGGUGUAAUAAAAUAUCGUUAGAAAAUGGAUCCGGAACACGCCAGCUUCAUGUUGUACAGAGACACACGAAUCGUCCUGAUUGGGUUUAUAACAUUGGUUACCAGAUUACGAAGGGAAUUGGUAAAUUUGCAGAUACGAAAAUAAUAACGAUAGCUCCACGUUAUGAGAUAGAUAACCAAUCACAUCACAAGUUAGCUAUCGCACAGAAAUAUCUCAUCAAUAAUGGAAACAGUGAAAAUACGUUCUUGACAACCUUACCUAAAUCUAAACUACCGUAUCAUUGGCCGAGGAUGGAUCUGGAUCAGUUAUUAUGUAUCCGGAUCAUGGAUAUACCAACCUGUCAGUGGUCCGGUGGAUUCUGUGUAGACAAGAGUAAAUCAUUCCAUGUUAAUAUGAGGGACAGUGAAGGACGAUGUUUAUUAUUGAAGGUGGAGAUAAUUCUACAAGGACCAACUUUCUUUAUUGUUCUCGCUGAUGCUGAAACUAUGCCUCCUCCUUUUAGACUGGAUAAUCUUUCUCCUAUCCCAGUAAAAUUUUAUCAGACAGAAAUAACAGAUGAUCGACUACAAACACUUCUACGACCAAAUACCUCAGUUUUAUAUGCAUGGGAUGAACCUAUCCUAGAACCAUCUUUAAGUCUACAGAUACCAGGUGGUAUGACUGCCACCUAUAAUUUAAAUAAACUAGGGGAGGGAACCCAGUUAAACUAUGAAAAUUAUAUUUAUCUGGCAGCUACACAUACAUUUAACAGACCUGUUUCAAGUGAUAGAGAACUGGUGUUAGACAGUACAACUGAAAAUCAUAUCAUAUUUAAACGCAAGGAGAAGGAUAAAAGAUCCCAGAUGUGGCGUAUGACAAGUGAUGGGAUGCUAGAACAUUAUGGUUCCAUGCCACCAUCAGAACCAGCUAAAUCACGUCCACGUGGCCUUGUGUUAGAUAUAUUAGAUAUUGCACCUCAACCCACGGAGAUCGUUCCACUCAUUUUACGUAAAGCUGAUGAACGAAGAAAAUCAACACAGACAUGGAAAUUUACAGAUGAUGGUCGAUUAAUGUCACAAGCUGGUCCAAUGUGUGUACAAGUUCUUGGUGGAGUCAACUUGUUAAAAGAUGGUGCUAUAGCAGUGUUGGGUCCUAGUCCAAACUUUGUACCUAAAUUACCUGAUUCCCCAUCCUAUCCUUGUCCCGUUCCAGCCCAUAUGUUGGUUUCACGUCAGAAAUUACGCCCAGGUUCUGGUUGUUUAUCUGUUCAAGUUAUUAUGGAUGGACCAAUCAGAGUUUUACAAAUAGCUGACAGACGGCAUACGGAAGUUGUUGUAAAGAGUGUGAGUUGUGACAUGAAUGAUUGGGAAGUUUACGACAUGGCUGAUCGACCUUCAAACCCUAACGAUGAAGAGACAAAAUAUACAGCAUCACAUCUAGAGGUAACCAUGUCAUUAAAGGGAGGAUUAGGUAUUUCAUUGAUUAAUGACGUACCUGAAGAACUGGUAUAUAUCAAGUUAAAUAAUAUCUUUCUAGAAGUUUUAAAAACACCUGCAUUAACCACUCUUGAAAUAAACGUAGCCGGGGUACAGGUUGAUAAUCAGAUGUUUGGAGCACAGAGGCCGGUUGUUUUAUUUGUUACCCAGACGCAGCAACGAGAAGGGCCUGAUAAUACUCCAGCCCUGUAUAUCUCUGCUCAUAAAUUACCCAGUGGUAAAUGGAAUGCUGAAAUAUACAAGCACCUGAUUAUAACAACGAAGAGGUUAACCAUUCAAGUAGAAGAGAGGUUACUAUGGAAACUGAUGCCAUUUUUUGGUUAUAAAUCUGACACGAAUCACGAUAUGGCCAAAGUAGAUGACGAUACACAACAGGUUAUAUCAGCGGGUUCAACAGUUCAAGCUAAGAGAUAUUAUUUUGGAAUGUUAAAACUGAAGACAGGGCGGGUAACCCUCAGUAUGGUUACAGCCAGUAAACUAUCACCGGAUCUAUUAGCCGUUAAAAACAGUCUUUCUAUGCAUUUAAUAGCCUUUGAAGAGGCUAAGGUUGAUUUAGAUCAGUUUCUAAUGAAUCACCCAUUUGAGACGAGCAGCUUUCUACUGAAUGAAAUUAUGACCCAUUAUACCGAGGAAUUAAAGAGUCAAGCAGCCAAGAUUUUAGGAUCUGUUGAUUUCCUGGGUAAUCCCCUGGGUUUUGUAAAUGAUGUUACAGAAGGUUUAUCAGGGUUGAUUAAAGAUGGUAAUGUUGGUGGACUUUUUAAAAAUGUGACACAUGGCGUUUCCAACACUGCAGCAAAGAUGACCGGAGCGUUGUCCGAUGGUUUAACUACCAUAUCGAUGGAUGACAAACACAAUAAAACACGUGAAGAUUUACGUCAAGUGGAGUCUGGACAAGGCAGCUCCCAUGUUUUAGCUGGUAUUAAAGGACUGGGUUAUGGUAUCUAUGGAGGUCUGACAGGAAUUGUUACCCAGUCUUAUAGUGGUGCUAAAGAAAAAGGAAUAGGGGGAUUUUUCAAGGGAGCAGGAAAAGGUCUGGUUGGCACGGUAACCAAGCCUGUAGCAGGAGUUCUAGACUUUACAUCAGGAAUGGCAAAUGCUGUUCGUGAUACAAGUCGUGUUUCAUCUCGUGUUCAUCCACCCAGAGUUCGUGACCCCAGAGUUAAUCCAGGAGCUCAGGGCCUGAUAUCGUCGUACAGUGGUGCCUUGGCCCGUGCUCAGUGGCUGCUUUAUUCGUUGAAUAACAACGAUUACAGUGAAUAUAUAAUAUCGCUAGAAUAUCUUGGAUAUGGUGAGAAUAAUUUGAUGGCCAUGGUUUCCAGUCAUUCCUUCAGAAUAUUAAAACAGAAGUCGAAAGUGUCAGAAGAAAUGUUGUUUGUUAAAUUAAAGGAUAUUGUAAAAGCUGAAUUUAAAGUUGUGUUUGAUGAUAGUGGACAGUCAACAGGAAAUGAGACGCAGACGAGGAGGUUAAGUGAGAAAAUUUACCUGACUUUAACGAUGAAAGCUGAUGUCAGCCGGAGUCGUGAUACAAGUGUUAAACGACCCCAAAUUAGAUGUGAACGCAUCAACAUUGCUAAAAAGGUGUGCCAACAAAUAAAUUAUGCAAGAAAUCUGUUCGAUGAUGAGACACACACUCUGAUACAAACAGAAUUAAAGGAUAACAGUUGUUGAUACAGACAGAAUUAAAGGAUAACAGUUGUUGAACACGACCUGGUGCCUUAUCAAGGAAAUUAUAACAAAAUACUUUUAUCAUAAUUAUUACAUUUUUCAUUUUAACCAAAAUUUGUUAUUGUGCAUACAAUUGGUUAUUGUGCAUACAAUUGGUUAUUGUGCAUACAAUUGGUUAUUGUGGGCACAGUUGGUUAUUGUGAGUGCAAUUAGUUAUUGUGAAUACAAUUGGUUAUUGUGGGCACAAUUGGUUAUUGUGAGUGCAAUUAGUUAUUGUGAAUACAAUUGGUUAUUGUGGGCACAAUUGGUUAUUGUGAGUGCAAUUGGUUAUUGUGGGCACAAUUGGUUAUUGUGAGUGCAAUUAGUUAUUGUGAAUACAAUUGGUUAUUGUGGGCACAGUUGGUUAUUGUGAGUGCAAUUGUUUAUUGUGAAUACAAUUAGUUAUUGUGAAUACAAUUGGUUAUUAUGAGCACAGUUGGUUAUUGUGAAUACAUAUUGAUUUUAUGUGCAUUAGGGAUCACUUAUAAUGUUCACGGAACUCUAGAGGUUCAUCUGCAUUGUAAUGUAGGGGAAGAAUUGUAAUACAUUAUUCACUAGGUCAGCAUGUUCUUUGUAACCUGUGGGAAUUACGAACCAAUCAUGUUAUUUGGAACUGUAUUAUUACAUGUAGCAGAGAUCAAACAGGGAAAUUAUAAUCUGAUGUAUAGAACACAUGGUUGUAUAAGAUACAGGGUAAAGGGUGUUAUAGUGAAAAAUUGUUAAAGAUACAUCCUUCUUGAGGUAGCACGAAGUCAGGCUCCCUGUAAAACGUAGGUGUCUUGUUUAUCUAUAUGUGCAGAUAUCAUUUCAGGC